AUGCAUCUCUCCGUGCCAGAAGACGUCUCUCCUUGGCAAUACCACUCGGCCUCUCCUCCCUUCUCCUUCGCACGCCUAUCUUCACUCAAGUCGCUGAAUCUAGGGAAAGCGUGCCCACCGUUCGAUGAGAUCUUUCCUCCCGAGUCACCGUGCAGCCUGCUCGAGCGGUUGGCGAUUUUCCAGUGCGACGACUUCCACACUGUCCCGGACGACAUCUGCCAUCGCAUGCCGUGUCUUCGCGAGCUCAGCAUCGACGCGAGCGGUACCUUCUUCGCCGUACCCGAGCAGGCCACCUCGCUGACCUGCCUGCGCACCUUGAACUGCUCAUUUCUAGGACUGCCGGACAGCUUUGGACAGAUGCCCGCGCUGACGACGCUCGUGCUGCACGAGCUGAACACCCAUUUCCCGCGCUCGUGCAGCAGCCUGCAGUCCCUUGAAACGCUUAUAUUCACCAAGUGUGUGUAUCUACGUGAGCUACCAGACCCGCUGAGCGCUCUCACAGCGCUCAAGACCCUGUGCCUUGCGGAUUGCCCCCUACUCAUUCUCCCUGACGACAUCGGAGCCCUCACCAACCUCCACACGCUCUACCUGAAGUCGUACAGAGCACGGGAAACCCUUCCGCCCUCCUUCACCCGGCUGGCAUCGCUCACAAGGCUGGAGCUGCACGAGUGCGAGCUGACCGAGCUGCCACACGCCAUAGGGGAGAUGAGCCGCCUGCUGGAGCUGUACUUGCUGUCCUGCCCUCGGAUCCAGAGGCUCCCCGAGUCCGUGGCAGCGCUACCCAACCUCGAAGUGCUAGUGGUGGACAAGUGCAACAGCCUCUUCUCAGUCCCUACGAGCCUCAUGCAUCUGACGCGGCUGAAGCAGCUGGAGCUGACCGGCUGUGCGCUGCUGAGAAAGGCUCCCGAGUUCUUGCCGGGGUCGCUGGAAACUCUCAGGCUGGGGAGCUAUCCUGAGGUCACCCAUCUGCCGGGCACCUAUGCUCUUCCCAGCCUCAAGACAGUCAGCUUGAGCAUUGUCAUUUUCCCCUCUGCACUGUCCAGAAGCCUGUCUUCAUUGGAGCACUUGCGUCUGGUGCUGGCAUGUGAAAGCGAGCUCCCAUUCCCCUUGGCGGACCUGCCCUGCCUUCGCUCCCUCGCACUCGUGAGCACCGGGGUCGUGAAGCUGCCAGACUUCUCCACCUCGAUGCUGCAGGAGCUGCGUCACCUGGAGUUAUCAUUGCCUGAGCUGACAGAGAUCCCAUCAACCAUCGCAGCUCUUCACAAGCUCACACACCUGGAGAUCACCGCUCCCAAACUGCUUGCACUUCCCGAUUCCAUCGGGGCACUGUCGCGACUGUGCAAGCUGACUCUGUCCAACUGCUUAGCUCUCACUCAUCUCCCGGCAUCCCUCACACAGCUGGCCGGCCUGCGCGAGCUGAGCGUGCACAAGGCCGCCAUCACAUCCCUUCCUGCCAACUUUGCGCGUCUCACCCGGCUGCAGGCCCUUGACUUGCAGGGCUGCAAGCAGCUGGAGGCGCUGCCUGGCGAUGUGGGCGAGCUGAAGCUGCUGGACCGCGUGGCUUUCACAGGGUGUGACAAGUUGCUCGACAACCAAGGCAAGCUGCGCCUCCCUGGGGAACAUGAUUCGUAUCGCUGGCUGUAUCCCUACUUUUAA